UUAUGUCGGACACAAAGAAUCAUUUUUCAUUGAUAUCGAGCUUGUGGCAAAUUUUUUGUCGAUUAUAGCUUUAAUCUUUAAAAGCUUCUACAUACUUAUCCAAAUGCAUUUACUCAGAUAAACUGUAAAGAACUCUCUUUAGAAACUAUCUGUAAUAGGUUGGUGAAAUUUGCAUUAGAUAUACACGCUAGACAGCGUGAGAAGGCAACAGAAUAGGUUUAGGAGUUCAAUGGAACCAAUGGCAAGAUUAGGACUCGUUCUUUAUUCUAAAAUUGGAGCAUUGCCAGCUUUAGAGGCAAGAUAUCUUAUUACGUGUACAAUAUACAAUUUCAGUUUGAGCUUUCGGUAAGAAGUUCAUGCAGCGGUUCUCCGCAUUUAUGUGCGACGUUUCGGGAUUGGGGACAUCUUUCUACGGGUUUUAUUGCUCGCUUCUUGUAUCUUCUGCAAUCCAGCAAUACGGCCUUAUCAAUGAGCGACACUCGUGCGGCUGUUUCAACGUCCUUUGACUUUGAGUCUUACAUUAACAAUUAUACAGGUUAUACACGCAUUUCAAGGGCUUUAUUCAUAGCAAAACAAAGGAGAACACCGAUCACACUUGCGAUCGAAGCCUAUAAAUCAGCGCUGAAGGAUGUUCAGGAGUUAACAUUCAACACAACUAAGUAUACCCAAAUUUUAGAGCAAUUAAAUGCUUUAUUACGCAGCCAAAAUCAACCAGAGAUACCGAUUGAUGAACAGUGGCUAAAAAACACAGCAAAAAAGUGCAAGCAAACAAUAGAUACAUUAGACGCGCAACUCAAAGUGGCCAAAAGUCAUAUCAAUAAAGAGGAGAUUAGAAUAAGUCAUCAAGAAAUCGGCAACUUCUAUUAUAAAAAAGGCGAUUUUGCGAAUGCGUUAAAGAAUUAUGUCCGUACAAGAGAUUAUUGCAUAGGAAGCUCCCACGUAUUAGAGAUGUGUUUCAAUACCAUCAAGAUAUAUAUAGAUGAAGGCAACUUUUCACAUGUUAUUCAAACCUAUAUCUCUCGUGCAGAAUCUAUCCCCAAUGUAAAGGACGAUGCUGACACGAUAGCUAGGUUAAGAUGUUGCCAAGCUAUUGUAGCACUCGGAAUGACUAGUGGUAGUGGCGUGAAUAGCAGAAGUGGAGGACAGCAACAACCAUCAGAUUUUUACAUCACUAAAUACAGAUCCAUAGCAAACGCUUUGACGGAGAUAUCUUUUGAAUCGGCUACCAGCACUCAUAAUGCAGUAAACGACAUUAUCUCACCCAAUGAUAUAGCUAUCUACGGCUCAUUAUGUGCUCUUAUUACUUACAGUCGAAAUGAACUCUACACAAAAGUAUUGAACAACGUUAAUUUCAAAAGCUUUUUAGUCAUGGAGCCGGAUCUUUAUCAUCUGGUGGAAUCAUUUUACAAGUCAAAAUAUGCUGUAUGCUUUGAUUUGCUUGAGAACAGAUUUAGGCCCUCAUUGGAGAUGGAUAUGUAUUUGCAACCACAUCAUGUAGAAACCAUGAUACAGUUAGUGCGCGAAAAAUCGAUGGUACAAUAUUGCUUACCCUAUUCCGUCAUUGAUAUGAGGAAAAUGGCUACCGCAUUUAAUAUGAGCUUGACUACGUUGGAGGAUGAAUUGUGUGCUUUGAUUGCAAAGAAAGGAAAAAUAGCAGCACGCAUAGAUAGUCAUAGAAAGAUACUACGAACAAAUAAACAAGAAAAACGCAGCCAAGCAUUCGAAAAAUCUCUUUUAGCAGGUGAAGAUUUCGAAAAGUCAACAAAAGCACUCUUGUUAAGACUGAAUAUGAUGAAAGCAGAUCUAAUUGUUAAAAACGUAAAAAAUUGAAGCGGGCAUUGUCAUCAACAAAAUAAUAAAAAAAAGCUCUAAAAUAAUCAGCAUUGCAUGAUGAA